GAAGCAGCCGCAGCGGCCCAACAAGAAUACCCAAAAUGAAAACCAAAUCGACACUCAAAAACAGCGAAGACGGCAACAACAAGCUACAACCGGCAUCGACGUCGGCACAACUCAACUUGUUCCUCGGCAAGUUCCAAUCUGCCAAUCGUCUCCAGCUUUCUUCUCUCGAACUGGACUUCCUCACUGGGAGGUUUGGUUUGGUCCCCCUCAUAAGUUGCUUCUUCUUUUAAUAAAUUGCAAAGACGGGAGGAGCUGCUCCUCUAUUAGCCUUCUAUAAAAAAAAUAAAAAAAAUAGUGAUGUUGAAACCUCAUUUUGUCUAGAAUAUGAGAUCUUUGGGCCUGUUAUCUAUUCUACAGUUUCUUAAUCACAUGUUUGUGUUAUAGCUAGUUGUAUAGUUAACAUUGUAUUAUAUAAUUUCUUGUAGACUUGUAGUAAUUCUUGGAUUUUCUGAACAGCCUCAAGUCUAAUUAAUAUUAUCCCCUAGCUAUCAAGAACUGUGCAAUUAAACAAAACCCUCUCAAAGACUCAAACAAAGAAGCAAUUCAACAGAAACACAAAGAAAUAGUAGACAAUUAGCAGAAAAUGUGUUCUGAUUGUCAAUACCAGAUUCCUACCAUAGAUUUCUCAAUCAAUUCACUGGAAAUAGACCGAGGAACCGAAGAGUGGUACAGUUUGUGCAAGAGAGUUAGAGAGGCUUGUGAAAACAAUGGUUUCUUUGAAAUAGUUUAUGAUAAGAUACCUCUGCAGUUAAGAGCAGAGACUUUCUCUAUGAUAAGGCAACUCUUCAGCCUUCCUCUGGAGACAAAGAAGAACUAUUUUAGUUCAAGGCCUUAUGGUGGUUACCAUGGACAGAAUCCGAAACUUCCCUUGUUUGAGAGCUUUGGCCUUGAAGAUCCCUCCAACUAUGAAUCCCUCAGAAGCUUCACACAACUCAUGUGGCCUAAUGGCCAUGACAAGUUUUGCAACACUGUAAUUUCUAUGGUGAAGAAGUUGGAUGACCUGAAGCAUAUGAUUGAAGUGAUGAUUCUUGAUAGUUAUGGUUUGGGAGAGAAGUCAAAAUCGAUCAUGGCAUCUAUGACACUGCUAAGGAUAAUGAAAUACAGCCCACCUCCUUCGGGGGAAUCCAUGCAGGGGCUCCAUGCUCACACAGACAAAGCCCUUAGCACAAUCCUUUGUGAUGAUCAAGUUUCAGGGCUGGAAAUCGAAACAAAGGAUGGACAAUGGAUCAAGCUUUCUUUCUCUCCUACCUCCUUGGUCUUUGUCGUUGGAGAUCUCCUUAUGGCCUGGAGUAAUGGCAGAAUGCAUCCUGCAAAGCAUCGAGUGAUGAUGAGUGGAGAGAAGGAACGAUAUUCUUUGGGACAAUUUGUAGAUCCAGUAGAAGGUACCAUCAUCAAAGCAACAAAGGAGCUAGUAGAUGAAGAACAUCCCCGUAUUCUUGAGGACUUUGACUAUACGAAAUUUAGCAAGUUCUUCUUCUCAGAGGAAGGAAAGGCUGUCGACACAGAAAUGCAGAUUUUCGCAUUUGCUGGGAUUAGUUAGCACUAAAAGUGAAUGCGCACAGUCGUUCAUGACUAGCUAGCUGGUUGUUAAUCACUCGAACUCUUCACACUUGCAAUUUGUUUUCCCUAGUUACAAAUCAUAUGCGCCUUUUU